AUGAUCACCAUUAAUUGCCAUAUUCACAGUAUCAGCCGGUAAACCGUCAGGAAGUAGAAGACCACUCGUCAUCAUCUGACAGAGACAGCAGAAUUCACUAACUUCCAUCCACAGCAGCAUACCCCAACUGCAACAUCCACAUCAGCAUCCCACAACUGCUAUAUCGACAGCAGCAUUCCCCAACUGCAAUAUUCAUAGCAGCAUUCCCCAACUGCAACAUCCACAGCUGCAUUCCCCAACUGCUAUAUCCACACCAGCAUUCCCCAACUGCAAUAUUCAUAGCAGCAUUCCCCAACUGCAACACCCACAGCUGCAUUCCCCAACUGCUAUAUUCACAGCAGCAUUCCCCAACUGCAACAUCCACAUCAGCAUCCCACAACCGCUAUAUCCACACCAGCAUUCCCCAACUGCAAUAUUCACAGCAGCAUUCUCCAACUGCAACAUCCACAUCAGCAUCCCACAACUGCUAUAUCCACACCAGCAUUCCCCAACUGCAAUAUUCAUAGCAGCAUUCCCCAACUGCAACAUCCACAUCAGCAUCCCACAACUGCUAUAUCCACAGCAGCAUUCCCCAACUGCAAUAUUCAUAGCAGCAUUCCCCAACUGCAACAUCCACAGCUGCAUUCCCCAACUACUAUAUCCACAUCUGCAUCUCACAACUGCUAUAACCACAGCAGCAUUCCCCAACUGCAAUAUUCAAAGCAGCAUUCCCCAACUGCAACAUCCACAGCUGCAUUCCACAACUACUAUAUCCACAUCUGCAUCUCACAACUGCUAUAACCACAGCAGCAUUCCCCAACUGCAAUAUUCAAAGCAGCAUUCCCCAACUGCAACAUCCACAGCUGCAUUCCUCAACUGCUAUAUUCACAGCAGCAUUCCCCAACUGCAACAUCCACAGCUGCAUUCCACAACUGCUAUAUCCACAUCAGCAUUCCGCAAUUGCAAUAUUCAUAGCAGCAUUCCCCAACUGCAACAUCCACAGCUGCAUUCCUCAACUGCUAUAUCCACAGCAGCAUUUCCUAACUGCAAUAUUCACAGCAGCAUUCCCCAACUGCAACAUCCACAGCUGCAUUCCCCAACUACUAUAUCCACACCAGCAUUCCCCAACUGCAAUAUUCAUAGCAGCAUUCCCCAACUGCAACAUCCACAGCUGCAUCCCAUAACUGCUAUAUCCACAGCUGCAUUCCCCAACUGCAAUAUUCAUAGCAGCAUUCCCCCACUGCAACAUCCACAGCUGCAUUCCCCAACUACUAUAUCCACAUCUGCAUCCCAUAACUGCUAUAUCCACAGAUGCAUUCCCCAACUGCAAUAUUCAUAG